AUGGGAACUUUGUCUUUGAGCAAUUUCAAGGAGGUGAAAGUCCCAGCACCAUGGGGUCACAUCUCUGGACGUUGGUAUGGAAAUCGAACGGAGCGACCGAUCUUGGCCAUCCACGGAUUUUUGGACAAUCUGGGAACCUUCGAUUGUUUGAUUCCCCUGCUUCCCGAUUAUAUAGGAGUGCUUUGUAUUGAUCUGCCUGGACAUGGAAGAUCCUCCCGUCUUCCACCGGGAAUGCUCUAUGCGGUCGACGUUCAUAUGCUGGUCAUUCCCCGAGUGAUGAAGGCGUACGGCUGGUCGAAGGUUUCGCUAAUGGGUCACUCCUUGGGUGGCAUGAUAAGCUUCCUUUACACCGCUCUGGCUCCUCAUUCAGUAGAUAUGGUCAUCUCCUUGGACAUUGUGUUACCUUUGAAUCGAGUUCCGAAAAAGGCAGUGGGCCUGGUGGGCCAGAGAUUGGAGAAGAAUUUGGUGGAGGAGGAUCGUCAGGAACCCGAGCCGCCUUCCUACACGCUCUCUCAGUUGACUAAAGACGUCGCCAAAGGAAGCAUUAAUUCUGUUACCCCUGAAUUCGCUAAACACCUGCUCCACCGGCAGGUGUUGCAGUCGCAACUUUAUCCAGAUAGAUUCUAUUUCUCAAGGGAUGAACGAGUGAAGUACACCAACAUAAUGCAAUUUGAAUCUGGACUCGCCGAGGAAAUGACCAAACGUAUACGAAGAAAGCCAUAUUUGAUCAUCAAAGGAUCUUCGUCUCCAUUCGUGGGAAAACACUGCGAAAAGCCAAUUCAAAUCUUACGCCAAAAUAAUCCACAUUUUGAGUUUUACGAGGUGGAGGGUGGUACACAUCACGUUCAUAUCCAUGCCGCUGAGGAGUGUGCCCGUUAUAUAGUGCCCUUUAUAAGGCAUCAUCGACCUCCUGUAUUAACUUCUGGGGGUUUAGAUGGAAAGGAGCAGCAACUGAAGGCCGAGGAAGAACGAGGGCGACAAGAAAGAUUUUUCCAAAGAACCAAAAACAGCAAACUGUAA